CUGAGUGGGGGAUAAACCUCUGUGCUCCUCUUCUCCCUACUCGCUAGCCGUUCUAUCUAUCCAGACACCCGAACUCACAGAUUCUGAUUCUGACGACAACUGAACGAACAUAGAUUCUUCCUUUUGAACUUUGAUGACCCUGUUCGAAAAUGGGGUCUCUUCAUCUCUCCGCUAAAUCAUUGUUCACCACCAGAACUCAACUUCCUUGGUUUUCAUCAGAGACUAGAAGAACAACAAGAACAACAACUGUUCAUCUAAAACAGAGAAACAAGGUCUUCGCUGCCUCACGCUCACAGGAAGAAGAUGAAUCCCCUCAACUCAACAGUGAAGACCUCAUGGAACUCAAGUUCGCUCGCUUACUUGGGGAGGACCCCAAACUCACCCUUGCCAAGAUAAUGGGUAGAAGAGCCAACCCUGAUGUUUCAUAUCUUGAUAUUGAGAAAUCCUUUUAUAAGAAGAAGGGUAAAGUUGUGGAGAUAGAGGAACUUCCAUUUGAGGGUUCUAAGGGAAGGAAGUUAUCUACUAAAUUGGAUGACUUGGGUUUGGUUCGACCUGUUCCGGCCAAAGGAUCCACAUUCAAACCUGAUUAUAACAAACCUGCAUUGGAGAUUAAGAGACCUGUCCGGACGGAAAGUAAGGAAGGGGAUGUUAGAAAAAUUGGUGUUCCUAAUGUUGCUCUGCGAAAGCCAACCGUGUAUAAAGAGGAUGACGAUGAAGACUUUUCCUCGAGGCUGAGGAUGAAACCGAAUUUGUCGCUGAAAAUGAGGAGCGAGCCAGUGAGCGAGAAGUUUGGUGACAUGACAUUGUUGAAGAAACCUGGACUACCAGUUCCCAAGAAUGAAGCUAUGACCCAAGAGCCUUCUUCUCUUUUGGGUGAUCAGAGGAACAAUGAUAGUGAGUUGAAGAUGUGGAAAGAAGAGUCAAGUGAUGAAAUUGGUAACUUGACAUUGUUGGAACAGCCACACAAACCAAUCAGCAAAAAAGAAGAGCAGUUUGAGGAUGAGAAAGUUGUAGUCCCAAAUGAGGUAGGUUCUAACUUGACGUUGUUGGAACAGCCACACAAACCAAUCAGCAAAAAAGAAGAGCAGUUUGAGGAUGAGAAAGUUGUAGUCCCAAAUGAGGGAGUGGAGCAACUUGAGCAGAGAGAUCUUGAGUUCCAUGAGGAGCCAACUGAUUUAAGUCAGCUGUCAGAUUCAAAUUCAGUUGGUUCUAGAACGGAGUUGUCUGUUGAAGCUGCACUGCAAGGAAAGCCAAAAAGAUUAGAUCAAUCAGAGUUACAAACCUCAAAUUUUGUUGGAGAAGAUGCCACUUUUCUUCCUCCUGGUGGUAAUGGAGACAACGAAGAAUUACGAAAUCUUGUUUAUACGUCAGAUCUUCAGGAAAUCGAAAAGGCAGAUUGGACCAGGGCAGAAGCUUUGAUGAAGACCGGACGUAAAGAGGAUGUGGAACUAGUAAGCUGUAACACCAAAGGCUUCAUUGUUUCUUAUGGUUCCUUGGUAGGAUUUCUGCCGUACCGUAAUCUUCCUUCCAAGUGGAAGUUCUUAGCUUUUGAAUCAUGGUUGAGACAGAAAGGCUUGGAUCCAUCAAUGUACAAACAAAACUUAAGCACUAUUACAAGUUAUGAGGCUGAAAAAAAGAAGUUAUCUUCUGAUUCUCCUCCAUAUGUGGAGAUUGAUGGUAAAGUUGAAGAUAACAUUUCCCCAGAUAUGAAAUUGGAAGAUCUGCUGAGGAUUUAUGACCAAGAGAAAAUAAAUUUCUUAUCAUCAUUUAUCGGAAAGAAAAUCAGAGCGAAUGCCUUAUUGGCGGACAGAAAAAUGAGAAAGCUCAUAUUUUCACUUAGACCAAAAGAGAAGGAAGAACUAGUUGAGAAGAAAAGAAAUCUCAUGGCUAAACUUCAAGUUGGCGAUAUAGUGAAAUGCCGCAUCGAGAAGAUAACUUACUUUGGAAUUUUUGUUGAGGUUGAAGGAGUUCCUGCACUGAUUCAUCAGUCAGAAAUAUCAUGGGAUGCCACUUUGAACCCAACAUCAUAUUUUAAGAUUGGACAGGUUGUAGAGGCAAAAGUUCACCAGUUAAACUUUGCACUUAAACGGAUAUUUUUAUCAUUAAAGGAGGUCAUGCCUGAUCCAUUGAUGAAUGCCUUGGAGUCUGUUGUUGGGGGUCAUGACCCCUUAGACGGGAGAAUGGAAGAAGCCCAAACGGAUGCAGAGUGGCCUGAAGUGGAAUCUCUUAUUGUAGAAUUGCAAAAGAUUGAGGGAGUCCAGUCUGUUUCAAAAGGCCGUUUUUUCAGAAGCCCUGGUUUAGCUCCAACUUUUCAGGUUUAUAUGGCGUCCAUCUUUGAGAAUCAGUACAAAUUGCUUGCUCGAGCUGAUAAUAGAAUACAAGAGGUGAUGGUUCAAAGUUCUUUAGAUAAAGAACUGAUGAAAUCGGCUAUUAUGACAUGUGCAAACAGAGUGGAAUAGUUGUGGCUCGUCUGUGGCUAUAAACAUGUUGCUUAUUUUUUUGGUGAUUGUACAUUCUUUUGGGGAGUGCCAGCUACAAUCAAAGGAGCAGUUCAAGUUAAUUAUGCAAUAGGCUUGUUGGAAGGAUCAAUUUCUUUCCUGGAAAAAAUAGUAAUAAAAAAGGCCCUUUUUUGGGGGGUGGAUGGUGUAGAGUUGAAGGGUUACAUAUAGGGAACAUGUUCUUUGUCAUGGUUAAAUGAAAGAAAGAAACAUGUAAAAAGUGCUUGAGAACUUUGGUGCAUGGAGAAUUGGUUAAUCUUAUAUAUUGGACAGAUAGAUGUAGUUCUUGGACACUGUAUCAUGCAUGUAGUAAAUUGUUUUUGUUACUUGCAUAUAUGAAAUUAAGGCUAGAAUGUGAAGAGUUUAGGCUAUGUUCAAACUAAAUAUGAAAUGAGUGGUUUGAACGUGUCCUCGAACUAUUUGAUUUUAGUGAGCUAAUUUUGAAAUUUAUAGUUUUAUUGUC